AUGCUUGGGCGUCUUGUGGCUCAGCGGUCAAUAAUUGAUUUGGGAUCAGUUUGGUCCCUGGAUCAAUACCGGUCACCAUGUAAUCAUGGUAAAUUAAAACCCGACGGUUGGGAUCCGAAAACUCGAGGGUUGGGAGUCUACCAAACCAAAAGUUGGAAAGCUUGGGGUAAUUGUCGCGUGCAAGCGCUUCUUGGGACUGAUAACAUAGUCAAGCAUCUGGCAUAUUCCAAUCUACCUUCGGGUAAGUCUCAAUACAGUCAGGCUUGGAGCUUGACGGGUGGAACUUGCCCUCACCCAUGUAUAAUUCCGCAUAAGCCGUUUCAAGGAGCCGGAUGGGAUUAUUCCCUGUGUACGUUCCCGGUUGGCGUUCUCGACUUGGUGUGUAGCUCUACUGGGUUGUCCUCCGAUGACCAUCUCAGUCCACAAGAUGCUUAG